CGGAAAUGCUGUAGCUUCUUGCCGCCUCGAACUCACGGUCCUAAAGCCUCUCGGGUACUGUAGCACCGCUGAAAGCAGUUAAUUUACAACACAGAGCGCUCUCUCGGAAACAUCUUCCACGCCUGAUUAUUGCAGUUACUGAAUGAUGGCCUCACCUCAGCCAGGCAGCCCACCUACAGCUGAGCAGCACACUCCAACUCCUGAGAUUGAGCCCAUUGAAGAGAGUGAGAAUACAGCUGAGAAACCAACUAAAAGAAGAAACAAAGGAAAACCGUCAAAAUCUCAGAACCUAUUUAAAUGCUCAGACUGCCAGGACGCAUUUUCCAGCUCCUCUGCUCUACAGAGCCAUAAGCUCUCAGCUCACGGUCAAGACAAGCAGCAGCCGUACACCUGUGGCCAAUGCAGCAAGACCUUCUCAAGCCGUGCUCAACUCUCUAAGCAUCAGCGCUCGCAUUCAGCUGAGCGUCCAUUCCAAUGCCCUCAGUGCCAUAAAGCAUACAAGACUCAUACCGAGUUGCGCAAUCACAGCCGCUCCCACACUGGAGAAAAACCCUUUGUUUGUACUGAAUGUGGCAAGGCAUUUAUGCAGGCCAUCUGCCUGCGCAUUCACAUGACACAACACAGUGGCGAGAGGCCUCAUUCUUGCCCGCACUGCUCUAAGAGCUAUCCUACGCUGUCCAAGCUGAAAGUUCACCAGCGCUCCCACACAGGAGAGAAGCCUUAUUUCUGUGCAGAAUGUGGCAAGAGUUUCGCCGACCCCUCUGUGUACCGCAAGCAUCGGCGCAAUCACCAAGGUCACCGGCCAUAUUCCUGCCAACAGUGUUCCAAGACAUAUACGGAACUCAAGGAUCUGAAGAACCACGAACGUUCUCAUACUGGUGAAAAGCCAUACCUUUGCUCAGACUGUGGCAAGGCCUUCUCACGCUCCUCCUCCUUGGCCUGUCACCUGCGUAUUCACUCCCAGAGCAAGCCAUACCAGUGUGAGCAAUGUGGCAAAGGCUUUACUCAGCUCUCUUCUUACCAAUCCCACCUUCGCACUCACUCUGGUGAGAAGCCCUUUCUCUGUCCACAGUGUGGCAAGAUGUUCUCAGACCCUUCCAGUUUUCGCCGGCACCAGAGGGCACAUCAGGGAUUUAAACCUUACCCAUGUGACAAGUGUACCAAGAGAUUUCGACAGCCAGCUGAUCUAGCCGUGCACCAACGUGUGCAUUCGGGUCAAAGACCAUACAAAUGCCAAAAUUGCGACAAGGCCUUCGUUGCAUCUUGGGAUCUGCGUCGGCACAUGCUGGUGCACACCGGCCUUCGACCGUUCUCCUGCACCGAUUGUGGCAAGUCCUUUGCAGAGCGUUCCAGUCUCAACAAGCACAGGAGGGUGCAUUCUGGAGAGCGGCCAUUCAAGUGCCAGAUGUGUUUCAAGUCAUUUGUCAUGUCAUCCAGUCUGCGUAAGCACGAAAGGACCCACUUACCUGAGAGACCUGUCCGACAAGAACAGCCCACUGAAUCCGAGCAAGUCUUUCCCCAAAACACCAGACCACAAUUCUCUUGUGUUCACUGUGAAAUGAUCAUUUUUGGGACAUGGGAAGAGGUACAGGCCCACACCAGCCUCCAUGCAAUCUCUCCUCCAUCAGAUUCAACAAAUAUUCGCACUGGCCCGUUUAUUUGCGAGACAUGCCAGGCUGAGUUCCCUCAGUUAUCUGAACUCCAGGCACAUGAGAAGGUACACCCCAAGCCACGACCACAUAUAUGUGACAGCUGUGGCAAAGGUUUCUUGAACAAAGCUGGAUUACGUAAGCAUCAGCGCAUCCACUCCAACAGUCGCCCACACUGCUGUGCAGUCUGUGGUAAGUCUUUCCUCUUUGCUGCUUACCUCCGCAAACAUCUGCGUACACACCGAGACAAUCAGUCAUCAUCUCCCCUGCCACAGACAGAUGUAACCCACACACAGCCAUUGCCGUCCCCAUCGAGUGCAUCCUCCCCAGUAAAAUCGGAGCCCGCUGCGAUUUCUCUAACUGUGCCCGUCAUUGUACCAGCGACAGCGUUCCAGACAUUGUCAGGCCAUGUGUACAUAAACAAAGAAGAGGACAUUUGAAAUACCAGUGUACUGGACAUGAUUUUCAAUAUUGGGUGGGGUUUUUUUCAUUAAGGCAGCGCAAAGUGGUUGCUUCCUACCAGUUGCUUCCUACACGCCUUACAAAGCACCCAUGUGUGCAAAUAGUCCCAGCUUGACAUGCCAUAUAAAAAAGGGUGGGUAGGGUUGCUCACUCACAGCUCCAGGGUCCCAGGUUUGGUGACUGUCAUUCCAGAAGGAAUUGGAUAAGAUACUCUGCCCCUAGUUGUGAAUGAGUGUGUGAAUGUAUGUAUGCAUGGUGCUCUGCAAUGAACUGGAGUCCCAUCCAGAGUGUAUUCUCAUCUCCCGCCUACUGCAACCCUGAUCAGGAUAAAGUAAUAAAUAACACACAUACAUACAUACAUACAUACAUACAUACAUACAUACAAGUCUCUUAUUAAAUCCUGCAUUCCCUUCUAAACUUUACAAGUUCUUCAAAGGUUACUUGGAUUGUUAAAGUUUCUUGACUUCAU